AUGCCUUCCGCGAUAAGCAGUCAGUCGAGCGUCAAGCCUGACUCUUCGACGAUCGAUGACACCGAGCAAUCUUCCAAAACGGAGGAAGAUCCUCAUUUGGGCCUAUUACACCAAGUGUACGACUGGCUGCAGCACGAGAAGACCAGGCGCCAGGCUCGCAAGGCACGACGAGCUGAGGCUGUCUCGGCUACUACGGAGGACCCGGCCAGCGCUACGGGCGAGGAUCAACAGUCGGAAGAGCCCCACCACAGCUCGGAAAGCACGUUCUCUCUCGAUAAACUGGAGAAGAUCCUCCUUCAGUAUGGUGGCCCCGGAAAUACAAAUGCACUUGGUGCCCUCCAUUCCUUAAAGCGGGUGUCUCGCCGCCGCAAGGGUUUGCGACGGGGAUCAGCUUCGGAAUCUGAUUAUACGGACGUUGAAGCGCCUGUGCCGAGCGUGGAAGCUUGGCUCGAUAAUUCGAAGACUCUUGCCUACACGUCAGGCGAGGCCGCGGAUAAUGAGACUGAUGAUAGCAGCGCUUCCUCGAAGCGUGGCAAAGAUCGCGAGGCCUGGACCGUCUUCAAGACUGAGAUUGUGCGCCUUGCGCACACGCUGCAACUCAGGGGCUGGCGCAAGGUGCCGAUGGAGCAUGCCGAUGACAUCGAAGUUGUUCGGCUUAGCGGUGCCUUGACCAACGCCGUGUAUGUUGUGCGGCCGCCGAAGAACCUCCCUGCUCCAAAGAGUGAGAACAGAGCUGGCCCGCCAGUCUCAAGGAAGCCUCCGCCGAAGCUUUUGCUGCGCAUCUAUGGCCCUCAGGUGGAACACCUGAUCGAUCGCGAGAAAGAAUUGCAGAUUUUACGUCGUCUUGGUCGUAAAAACAUUGGUCCUCGCGUGCUGGGAACUUUCUUGAAUGGCCGCUUUGAGGAAUACUUUGACGCCCGUCCGUUGACACCGAAGGAACUUCGUCUCCCCGAGACCGCAAAGCAGAUUGCCAAGAGGAUGAGGGAGCUUCAUGAUGGCGUUGAGCUUCUCGAAGAGGAGCGAGAAGGUGGUCCGAUGAUCUUCAAUAACUGGGAUAAGUGGGUAGACCGUUGCGAGCAGGUCACUACCUGGCUUGAUAAAGAAUUAGAAUCCCCGCAAAAUGAGAUCAAGGCAGCUACUGAACCGUGGCGCCGACGCGGCUUUGUUUGUGGUGUGCCAUGGCCGCUGUUCCGUAAAGCCGUGGAGAGCUAUCGGCGCUGGCUGAUUGCUAGCUGCGGUGGUAUCGAUGACAUUAAGCGACAGCUCGUGUUUGCCCACAACGAUACUCAAUAUGGCAAUCUCCUUCGGAUGGAACCUGCCACGGAGUCACCUCUUCUUCUCCCUGCAAACGAGCACAAGCAGCUCGUCGUUAUUGACUUUGAGUAUUCUUCCGCGAAUACCCCUGGGCACGAAUUUGCUAAUCACUUUACUGAAUGGUGUUACAACUACCAUGACGAGGAAUUCCCAUGGGCGUGCAACAACCGCCUUUAUCCUACCCCCGAGGAACAGCGCCGUUUUGUGUUGACCUAUCUCACCCAUCGCCCAAUUGCCGCUGGCGGAUCCGCUUCGCCGGCCAUCCACGGCCGCCACGCAACCGCCAUCACGCCUCUGGAUCUUGAUGGAACUCCCGACGGGCCCAUCUCGCAGCAAGCGCAGUCCUUUGAAGAGGAACUGGAGGUUAGAGUGCGUGAUCUCAUGCGCCAAACCCGGUUGUGGCGAGUGAUGAACUCGGCGCAAUGGGUCGCCUGGGGUAUCGUGCAGGCGAAGGCACCAGGCAUGGAAGAGGGAAUUGCCGAGAUGAUUGCUGCUUCCAACCCCAAGAAUGGUCAUAUCGAGAAUGGUAACGGGGAGGCCAAGAAACCUGCAGUGGACGCUGAUGUCGACGAGGAGGACGGCUUCGACUACCUUGCCUACGCGCAGGACCGAGCUUUGUUCUUCUGGUCCGAUCUUCUGUCGCUGAACCUGGUCAACCCAGAGGAGCUGCCGGCGCCGAUGGUUGAACAUAUCCGGGCGCGGAUUGUUGAUUAUUGA